AUGUUCAACAACUAUCUUCUUCUUCUUCUACUCAUCAGUCUAGUAGUCACCAUAUGUGUACCAACAAUAAAUGCUUAUGGUUUUUGUACAUGUUCCUGUUGUGAUGGUUCAGGUUGUGAUCCAUUAUUCGAAGGUAGCAUCGAAAUUUCAUCUUGUGAUGGUACUUCUUGUCUGGAAGCUUGCAAGAAAAGUUUUCCAUUAUCCUGUGAUAGUCCAACUACAGGUAAACUCAAAUAUGAUUGCAAGGAUAUAAGAGUUAUUAAUGAAACAACAACACCAACAACUCUUCCUUCAACACCAUGGCCGGUUCCUACAACUACAACUAUUACGACUCCAUCAAUAUUGACAACAACUACAUCUUCUACAACUGCAACUACUGGAAAUAUAACCGUUACAAUUACUACAACUUCAACAGAAACUACAUCAAUUGGAAACAUAACUGUCACAAUUAGUACUACAACAACUCCAGGAAGUACUAAUAGUACCCGUCAAACGUCACCACAAACAACACUUACAACUACAAUAACACCACUUCCAACAACAAUAUCUACAACAGCAGAACCUCCAAAAACGACUACUAAAAGUCAUAGUGGUGCUUCUAUUCUGUGUGAAAGUUCAUCAUUUAUUGUUUUAAUUGUUACAUCCAUUUUUAUUGUUAAAUUUAUGCAUUAA